UGUCAGUGCCAAAAGGUCAAUGUACCGCUAUCUUACGUUUACAUUUUUGUGCUUAUUGCUUACUUUUGAUAAACAUCUUUUUAUCUAAAUAAUUAUUGAUUGAUAAAGUUUUACGUUUAUCAUUUUAUAUUAUCUGAUUCUAUAUUAACUCUUCCCAUCGCAAUGUCUACGACACACAUAUUCAACGUGGAAAUGACCUGUGAAGGCUGUUCAGGAGCAGUUGACAGGGUGUUAGGGAGAUUAAAAGGUCAAGGAGUAGACAGUGUCUCCAUCUCAUUACCUGAGCAGAAAGUGUCUGUGACAUCAACACUAAGCUCUGAUCAACUACUUGAAAUUAUAAAGAAAACGGGAAAAAAGACCACCUAUGUUGGCUCAGAAUAGAAAAGAAAUAACCUAAUCCUAUUAUUGAACAGUCAAGAAUUUUAUACAACAAUUUUUUAAGGAUCUCCUUCCAAAAUAUGGGUUAAUCCAUGUGUUUAAAACAUUGUGAAAAACAUGUUAUAAUAAGUCUUAACACAUAAAAUAAUGUAAAUAAGAAAUCAUAUAAUGGCUUUAUAAGUUUUGUAGUCAUGAUUAUCCAAAGGUAAAUGUAACCAAAUUUGUAAAAAAAUCUUUCUAUGCAAGUAGAAAAAAAAAACCAUAGAAACCAAUGUUUAGCAGAUAUUAUCUUGCAUUAACAAAUCUAAUUAAUAUUGGUUGUAUAGCUCUUUGAAUUGUUACAUUAAUUAUAUUGCUUGUUUCAUAUUAUAUUGUUUGUUGUUUAAUCAUUAAAAGUAGUGCAGCUCUGGUACAAUAAGACUAAAAGUUUUAAAGCUAUAGUACCAAAUAAAAUUAAGAAAAAUUAUAUUUUUUACAAAUAAA